CGAGCGCAUUUGUCGCUUAUCGUACUUGGGCUGUGAGGAAGCUUUCUGUGGGUAUCUGAAAAGCCAUCGACUCGUGCUUUCUCCCUUGCUUUUUAGAACUGGAAAUUUAAAGAUCGGGAUUGACACUAUAGGUUGUAAUUCCUUAGUCGUGCUACUGACUAAAGGCGUGUUUGAAAAUGUUUCACCUUCUUCAACGAUAUUUCCAAGUUUCUUCCAAGAUGGAGUUUCUCCAAAUAUUACUGCAACCCAGGAAUAGAACUGCCUGCUCCUUUGUCCCUUUACAGUGCAUUCUCACUGGCCUGCCAAAAUCACAGCUGUUCAGGCAUACAUCUGCUGUCUUAAUUAAGGCCCAGGGCUUCCAUUCUUCUUGCUGCAAUUGGAAGAAGAAGAAACCUCCAGAACCUGUACCCCGAAAGCUGGACUUGUUGCGAUAUGACAUGAAAUCACUCAAGGACUCUCCAAAGCCUGCCCUGUACUUGAGUGUUGCAGGAUUAAUUCCAUUUGUUUCAGUGCCAUUGCUAAUGGCUAUCCAGGAGACCUCCUAUCCAGAGUUGGUAUUUGCUCAGAUUGCAUAUGGUGCCUGUGUUGUGUCCUUCCUUGGUGGGAUCAGGUGGGGAUUUGCUAUUCCAGAAGGCAGCCCUGCCAAGCCUGAUUGGAUUAAUUUAGCAAACAGCAUUGUUCCUUCAAUAGUAGCCUGGAUUGCUUUGCUUUUCAAAGAUAGUGUACUUGAAGGUGGAACCCUUGUUAUUAUGGGCCUGGGGAUAGCCCUGCAUUAUGAUCUUGCCCUCCUUCCCACUUAUCCCAGUUGGUUUAAAGCCUUGAGGGCAAUUGUAACAUUAGUGGCUGUAUGUUCUCUGGUUGCUACAUUAUAUAUUGUAAACACUUACCCAGAGAAGCAUUUAGCUCCUGCUACAAAUAAAGUCGAAGACUCAAGAUAAACCAACAGAAAAUGCCAUAUCCCAAGAUAGUUCAGUUUCUUUCCUAAAGGAUUUUUAUAGGGCUGUAAGAACAUACUGGUAAUCCUUCUAUGAAAAAUACUAUGACAGAGGAAGCAAGGUGGUUGUACUCUGUGUUUGUGAGCUAUACUCAAGGAUUAGAAAACUGAGUGGAAGCAUAAGUACUGAAGGCUUAAGAGGAACUUUGGCAUCACAAGGGAGCCACAGUAUGCAAAACAUAUAUGCAUCAUCUGCACACAGAAAUAAGCAAGCUUUUGCUAUGAGAGCGAAUUCUCUUACUGUAUGAAAAAAUAUACAAGCAAUGCUCCCUCUAAGUUGUGGAGUCUUGUGAGCAAAAAUUCUACUUUGUGAACAGUGAAAGACCACCAGUAAAUACUUCAUUUGAUGUAUACUGCAUGUUUAUUGUGUAGUAUUAAUAUGUAAGGGUUGUUGAAUAGCAAGUUGUGCUAAUUGCAGUGCACAUUCUACAAGCUAUUCAAUUAUCACUUGUUUCAUUUUUUAAAAGUACAAGUUGUAUAUAUCUUUUCUACACAGAUUAAUAAGAAUCUUGUAUUGUUUUAUCGUUUCAAAACCCGUGAAUUGACUGCAGGAACACAGUACUUCAUUUGUAAGCCCAAAGUCCUUAGGCUGCAGUAAAUCUCACUGAUUUCCACUAAUGUGGAAAGAGUAACCCCACUUAACAGGAAUACCCCAUUCCUACCAACAUCAAGUGGGUGGGGAAUGCAGCUUAAAACCGACAUAAGCAUGUUCAUAAAGAAACCCUGCUGCGUUGGUGGGUGGCUUACUCCAAUAUAAACACAUACAGGAUGAUAGUCUUACAUUUUAAUGCUUCACCUGUACAUGUGCCAUGUCUUGUUCCUGGAGAAGAACCAGUAAACAUGUUUAGUAUAAUCUAAGGGACAGUCUUCCAUUGGAGAUGGGGUAUUUGAACACAAACCCAACUAACCUGAGGAUUUGGACCAAAGUGUCUGUCCAAUAAAGUGCUCAAUUUUCAUUUGCAGUGACCAAUCGAAUGCCAAGGGGAAAACUUACAAGCAGGCAAUAUCCCCAAACUGUUCUUAAUGCUUAUUGUCAAGUAUACUGGUUUACAGCUUCUGAAUAUGAAAGUGCAGUUUGACUAUCAGGGCUGAUAAAAACACUUUGAUGGGAGGAAUGUCUUAAUCUACAGCUAUCUGAAUCAGUAACUAUCACAGCAGGCAUUAGUGAAUUAAAUAAUGGAGGAACAAGUUGUCUUCAGCCUACAAUCACUCAACUUCAGUAUACAAGCCCAAAACAUACAUAAGAGUAAAUAAAACACCUUGCUGUCCUGUUGUCAAUACUGCAGCCUCUUCAAAGAAUUUCCUACAAAUAUUGGGGGGGGGGGGACAGACGAUGGACUCUAUACCAGAAAUUGCUUGUAAACUCCAAAUGGAAUAAUUUCCCCAAUAAAUCAUUGCCAAAAAUACACUAAUUAAAUGUUUGUGGGAGUGCACAAAGGGGGCAGACUAAGGAUGCAAUUCUGUGCACAUUUACUGUACCUUAAGUCACAUGACAUUCAGGAGUUCUUGCUGCUGAGAAGAGCU